AUGAACUCUUCCUUCUGGGAGAUAAAAAAAGGUAACAGACCUGAUUCAAUCUGUGGAAGGUCGGCUCACUACGCUUUCAUAAAGGGACAUUUUCUAUUGCUCAUAUGGUCCAUAAUUGUUUUUGGAGGGUUUCUGAAGGCAUGCUUAAAGAAUUGUGAAGUCAUUGUCUUGACAAUCCUUUUUCUGGGAGGAUUUGUGAUAGGACAGCUGGCCUACUAUUUUGUUGAGAUGCACCAAAUGGUUUACCCUCUUCUAAGAACACCAAGUUUUUCACUUUAUUGUUAUUUUUCACCAUUAAUUAUAUUCAUGGCUGCUUUGGACGUGGACUUUUAUAUACUCAAGAAUAUGCUUUGGCAGGUCUUGUUAACUGGAUUGAUUAGCUUCUUUACGGCAUUCCUCAUCAUUGGAAAUGUGGUUAUGAAAUUUAAUGACGACUCAUGGGACUUGCAGUCCUGGCUGCUCUUUGGCAUGACAAUCACCAUUACAGAUCCUGUCUACUCUGUGAAUUCGCUGAAAACCAUUGGUAUGUCCAAAAUAUAUAUUGAUAUUAUUAGAGGAGAAUCAGUGAUCAUCUGUAGCUUCAUAUUUAUUUGUUUUGGAUUUUUUCGGAACAACAUACUUCACAUGUCUAUGUUGAGGGAGUUUUACAUCCUCAUAGACCUCAUCUUGAACAUUUUGGGAAGCAUAAUAGCUGGAUAUUGGAGUGCAAGAAUCAUUCAUUUUAUAUUGACUGACCUUUUUAGCAACACGCUGACUAAUAUUGUUCUUUACUUUUCGAUGGUGUACAUGACCUUCUACAUUGUGGAAUUUUUUGGAAUGUCGGGAUUGGUGGCUUUAGUCAUCGUAGGACUGAAUUUAGAUUCCUUAAGCUUUAAACCGAGGAUCAAGUUAAUAAUUACCAAGUUCCUAAUAAUGUUUUCAUCCGUAUUCCAUCAUUUAAUAUACACUUUCUUUGGCAUUGUAGUUGGAUGUGGACAAACCAACUAUUUUCGAGCUCACACUGUAGUUUUCAUUUUAAUCUUGUUUGCAGCAGUGAAUUUUGUCAGAUUGGUUACUAUUGUGCUAGUGAGUCCUGUUCUGAAGCACUCAAUUUAUGAGUAUGACUGGAGAUGGGGAGCUGUCAUAGCAUGGUCUGGAAUUAAAGGAGUUUUUAACUUACUGUUGGCUCCUGAUAUUUACAAUAUAUCUGAACAAAAAAUAGAGUCACCAGAAGUGUUUAUAUUGUAUGUACAAGUGGUAUCGUUAAUGACUAUGGGAAUCAAUUCAUACAUGAUGACUCAUUUUGCCAGGACGUUAGGUUUGUGUGCCAUUUCUCUUCCAAGACAAAUAGCCAUGCAAAGUGCCAUUAAACACAUACAGGAGAUAAUACGGAACACAAUAACUUUAUUUAAAGUGGAGAAAAUUUUGACCAAUGUUAACUGGACCAUAGUAGAAGAAAAAACAAAGAUUAAACACAGCAUUCUUUUUUACCACAAUUCACAUGAUGACAAAGAUGAGGAGUCUCCAACAGAUGAAGUUUUAAUAGAACAAGCCAGAUUGCAUAUAGCUAUGAUACAAAUGAGUAGCUUUGAAAAACAGUGUAAAGAUGGACUCCUUGGUAUAGAGGCAGCUCGGAUAUUAAUUGGUGCAACCAAAAGCUAUUGCCCCAUCCAAAGAAAAUUCAUGAGUAUCUAUGAUGUUUUAACUUACGUAAGAACUAGAAGUUGGCUUAUAAAGUUUAAAAACAUGUUAACUUUUUUGGACUAUUGUUUAAACAAAUGUUGAACUUCACAUCUUGUUAUACCAUUAAAGUAACCUGACAUCUUAUUUGAUCUCUCUUUUUUUAGGAAAAAUAAAUUUCUCAUAUUUGUGCAUCAUGUCGUAUUUUCAGAAGAAUUUGAAUACAUAGGACAUAUUAUCUCAUUCCUGUACAUUUAUCCUAUGAUAAUUCAUCUAUGGCCAAUGGCAAGAAAAUUAAAUGUGUUGUCACUGAUAUUAGUAAACUACUAUUUUGUCUUUUUAUAUGUAUUAGUGUCAGCAUUGAAGAUAACAGUUUUGAAAAGGAAGUAUUUUCACCAACAUUGGAAUACUCUGGAAUUUUUUAUCAUGCUCAUUGGAAUUGUUGAUAUCUUUUGUAUAUAUUUUGUCAAAUUUAGACCGGGAAACUUGAUUCUCAUUCAGAUUACAGUAAUAGUAGGAUAUUUCAGACUAAUUAGGUUUAUUCCUCUCAUCAAGUUAAUAAUACCGUUACUGAUAAACAUUGUCGAAGCGCAGAUCAAAAAACGCCUCAGCUUGAUGUAUAGUAUCACAAAAGGCUAUGUCAAAAGCCAAGAGGAUACCGCAUUUUUAAUACAACAGAUUUCUAGCCGAGAGUCAAUCUAUGAGAAAUUAUAUAAAAUUUUGGAAAUCAACAAACGAGAUGCUGUCAAAGAACUAGGACACAUCGAGCACAGAGGUCGUGAUGUUGUCAUUGCCUUGAAGACCAAGCAGGCAAUCCAGAACGUGAUUGCUAAGGCUCUGAAAAACCUGAACUUCCUUUGGUCAAGAGGCAUUAUUGAUGACCAUGAGGGCAUCGAGAUGAAUAAGGUACUUCUUGCAAAAAUGAAAGCACUGAAUAACUUUCCAAUGGGAAUCCCACCCCCUACUCCUGACAAAUAUCUUCAUAAUAUUGUUUGGCUGCAAAACAAAGAUGUUUUCAUUGCGUUCUUCAAGGAAAGAGCUAAAAUUGCCUAUUUUGACUAUGGAGAAAUCAUUUGUAAUGAAGGUGAAAUGCCACAAGGAAUCUACUUAAUUAUUUCAGGAAUGGCAAUUGUGCAUGGUUCGCCUCCUACCUUUGGGAUAGACAGAAGCCUCAGGGCUGACAGAGAAUCCAUUACCAACUUCACAGACUACUAUACUUGUGGGGACAUAAUUGGAGAGUUGAGCUGUCUGCUUAAACGUGAAAGUGAAUAUACCGCCACCUGUGAAACCAUUUUACAGGCCUGUUUUAUCUCCCUGGAGGAUUUAUAUGAAGGCUUCGAUAUCUUCUGGCCAUCCCUGGAAUAUAAAAUAUGGUUAAAGCUUGCUCUCAGCACUGCCUCCCAGUAUUUUGAAUCAGUUCUCGUCAAUGAGGACUUAAAGUUUCAGAAGUGUGUAGCGCUCAAUGUGGCAUAUGUGGAAACCUUGUCAAGGUACAAUGAGAUCACUAUUGAUAAUGAGACGAUGAAAUUCGUUAUUGUCGUGUUCGGCAGUGUAAUUGAUACUAGGACAGAGCUGCCGUAUCUCGCACCUUGCAUCUUACCUACAACCUGUGAGCAGGUUCAGGGAACUUCAAAUUUAAGCAAGCUGCUGGUUGUCCAAGCUUCCGAGCCUGCCGAAAGUAACAACCCCAACGCCGUAGUCAAGAUAGGUCCUCAGAUGAGCACCGGAGAAUACAACUGGAAGAGCAAAGCUGAGUUGGAAACUGGAUUCCAUUACAGAAAAGGACACUGAUGGCACUAAUAUGAUAAGUCAGGUUGAAGACCCAGCCGAUAUCACGGUUCAAGUGCUGAAGGAUUAUCUGGCAAGGAGUUUACUUAGAAGUUGCUGGAACAAGUUACUGCUGCAUUUAGUUUAUAAGUUAUUGAUGGGAUCCUGCCAAAGGUCUAAUUUUAAGUAGUUGCAGAUUUGAGAUGUUCAAAAAAUUCUUCAGAUAGGAUAUCCCAAAACUCAUGACCUACCGAAUGAAACCCUACAGCUAGCUGAAAGCAAGUUAUAACAGAGUACAAGUUAUUCACAGCAUGCUAUGGUAUUAUUACUGUCUGAAGCUUAGGAUCUAUAAUUCUGACUUGUGAUAUUGCUAUAAGCAACAUUUUCCAGAGUAAAGUUAUUCCCCACUUUCCCCAAUUAGUAAAUACUGAAAAGUGGAACUGUUCCAUAAUCUUAGUUACUGAAAGCUAAGUUGAGGAGAAGUUAACAAUUUUGCAUUGCACCAGUACUG